AUGAUUGUGAAUCAACAGACUCACGCAUACCUUGUCGAGUACAUAAAGAACAACCCAACGGAUGCGGACGCACUCUGGCGGUACGCGCGCGCGUGUCACGACAUGGCCACAGUAACUGCAGACAAGGAGAAGAAGAAGGCCUACGUCUACGAAGCACACGAGGUUGCGAAACAGGCCCUCGAGUUGGCACCCACCAACUUUGCGUGUCAUAAAUGGUAUGCUAUCACUCUCAGCUCAAUCGGUGACUACGAGGGUACCAAAAGCACCAUUGAGAACGCGUUCCCUGUGAGAAAGCACUUCGAAAAGGCUCUAGAGCUCUCCCCUGGCGAUGCAACUACAAGUCAUCUGCUGGGACUAUGGCAUUAUACUAUCGCCGAUAUGUCGUGGUACGUGAGGAAAAUCGCGGCCACUAUAUUUGCGUCGCCUCCGGAAUCCACGUACGAAGCAGCGCGUGAUUGUUUUGCGCAGGCCGAGGCGUCUGAACCUGGUUUUUAUCUUAAAAACGCUCUCAUGCUCGGCAAGGCUUACGCCGCAAUCGGAGAUAGUGCUCAGGCCAAGAUUUGGUUCGAGAAGGCGAAGAAUAUGCCGGUUGGGAACGCCGAUGAUAAAGAAGCUCAAGCGGAGGCCGCGAAACUGUGCUAAUGCGGUUGCAGCCAACAUCAAUGUUCAGCUUACUGAUAGUUUGAGGCUAAAAGUGAAUUUGAGCCUUAAUACUUUUUGCCCUUGUAGACGCUUGUGGGAUACCGUGAGUACUGGGUUUAAACUAGUCCGCAUGUGGAGAAGUUCGAAUAUAAUAGAACAAACAGCAAGAAGACUUCCUGCACAUCAUAUCAAUCAAAAGCGAUAUAGACUAUUACACAAGUGCAUAUGCUGGAAUCUAAGUAAGCUCGAUCGCUCCGGUUCUGUGGAUUGCGAGCCUCGGCGGCAUAACUUUUGGUCAUCGCAGCAUAUCUGUAUACAGUAAAGUAAACAAAAGUAAACAUCAACUACACACGCUGGCUCUCAUGAACUAGAACCAGCACGUUUGAC